AUGGCCAAAGACGCCUUGACGUUCGACAAUGAUGACUUUAAAGUUUUCGGGCAGUGUAUAGGAUUCAAUACUCUCAACAUAUACUGCUAUUAUGGGACUGAAAAGUCGUUGGAAAACAUUUGGCAAACGGUGGAAGUGUCAUUGGAUAUGGAAGGCCGAUCAAAAUAUGAUUUAUACAUAGGAGCUAACGAACAAGAAGUCUGGACGCUUUAUUUUGAAGACAGUAAAACAUCUUGGGGAUUCAACGUGCUUAGUCGAAGGCGCAAAUAUAUUUCAUUGGAUCCUUUCAAUACAACCUGUCUUGGAAUAGAUACUGGGAACGACUAUACUCUCAAAGUGUCAGUGACUCGAGUAAACAAAGUGUUUCUAGGAAUGUUCAUCGUGGGGACUUUACUCUUCCUAUUAGCUCCUCUUUUGGUCCAUGAACCGCUAUGUUUCUACAUAUUUGGAGUCAUCUUCGGCAUUUUAGCAUCUUUGUUGAUUGUAUUGUACUUCAUUUUAAAUCUUCUACCCUUGAAGAAAUCCGCGACCAUUGGACUUCUAGCUGGUGGGUCGACGGUGAUUAUAUAUUGUUUCCAAGCAUUCGUGAACAAUAUUUAUCUUCUAGCACUAACACACAGAAAGAUUGUGUACGGUUACUUGAUCGUAGUCGGUUUGAUCAGUCUGACAGUCUGUUAUCGAUUUGGACCUAUAACAAAUCAACGGAGCAAAAACAUUUUACAAUGGUCCCUUCAGGCCUUCUCGAUUCUACUAGUUUUCUACAGCAGCCAUAAUCAAAAACUAACUUUUUUGUCAUGCCUUUCAACUAUGCUAUUUUAUAAGAUUCCGAUGUUUAAUUGGGCUCUGUUUCAGUUCCCAAAACCUAUAACAACGAACCAUAACAAUGCCGUAGCGACACAAACUCCUUCCAAAAUCGUUUCUACUAAGAAAGUUUACUUUGUGUCAAAAGAUGAAUUUGUGCAACACGGAAUUAUAGAAUCGAGGAAUUUAGAGGAGCUGCGCCUAUCUUAUCUUGAUAGUUUCAAGAAAACAACUCCUCCCAAAAGCUUUUCCAAGAAACCUCGCUUUCUGACAAAGGAAGAGUUCAAGCAACAAGGAAUCAAAGAAACGAACAUGGCUUUACAAGAUCUGCGACAAUAUUGUCUGCGCAACCCAAAAGAUGUCAAACAUUUAAACCGUAGCAACUUGAAGAAUUUCACCCAAUUUGUGGUUAGUGGAAAACACGAUCCCAGCAACUAUGUUCGAAUGGAAAUCGAGGAGAUAUCAGAGGAUGAUGAUUAAAAGAGUAGAGAUUCCACUAUGUGAAACCUGUUGAGUGUUGAAUCCGAAUGUUUUUGUAAAUUACUUAGUAUUUAUAAAUGAGUUUGCUUAUUACGUAUGGUAUUUAAUUUUAGAAUUGAAUUAUAUGUUAAUAACUUUAAUA